GAAGACGCCCCGAGAGAAGUAAUUUGUAGCAUUAGAACCCAAUCCCUUUUGCCGGUCUCAUCCAGAAUGACCGUUUCCGCCGCAGUGGACCAAUACACGGUGCUGACGGGGGACCGUUCCAAGAUCAAGGACCUGCUGUGCAGUCGGCUGACGGAGUGCGGCUGGCGGGACGAGGUGCGCCUGAUGUGCCGCACUAUUCUGUUGGAGAAGGGUACCAACAACAGCUUCACCGUGGAGCAGCUCAUCACGGAGGUGACGCCAAAAGCCCGCACCCUUGUUCCGGACGCCGUUAAGAAGGAGCUGCUCAUGAAGAUCCGCACCAUUCUCACGGAGAACGAGGAGGAGGCUGACGAGGCGGAGGACGAGCCCUGAA